AUGCCAUUAUUUCAUGACCCGGGAAGAUCUACACCUACAGCAAGACUCACCAACAGUGAAACCGGAAACCAUACGGACUAUUCUGCGGACCCAAAAUGGAAAACCGAACAAUUCAAGGAGAUUGAAAUGAGCGACUCAUCGUCCAAAAAUACUUUAGCAUAUGACCAUCGUUUCUCCGCGCUACAUUCCAGAAGCCGAGAGGAGCUCAUUCAGUCUAUUAAGCGAAGAGAAAGUCCCACUUGGCCGCAUAAAGAUUUAGAGAGCAAGGCUCUGAAUUACAAUACUCGGUUAAAUCGACCCUUGCACGACUGGUCACUAGAGUUCCAAAGGAAAGAUGACUUGGCGUCAGACAAAGACAACGUCCGGUCGGACGUGCCGAACCUUGAUGAUAGGUCCGAGCCAGCUAAACCUUCGGAGAUCGAGCGUCCACGUUCUGCAUUGCAUUCUGGUGACUUCAGAGAGGGUGUCGCUCAAAUUCAGGAAACAGCAAAUUUCCCGGACUUUGUCGGGUACAAUAGUCCGCCACAGCCUCCUUCCUUCAAGCGAUAUGGCUCUUCACCCACUACUCCAUGGUUUAGUCAUGCCACCUCUGCGAGAUUUCUACCCCGAGACACUGAAUCGAGUCCGUUGACCGGUCAGCAUGCCAAGGGUGUCCUAGGUGCGAGGUCCCGGGCACCUUCUCUAGGAUCUUUUUCAUCUAGUUACGUCCUCAAAGCGCCGACCAGCCCUCUAGUACAUCAAGCGAACAAUACCGAUCUGGAUUUCUCGCCGAAGCAUGAUCUCACUGAUUCUCCUCAAAAGAACGUCAAGAGCAGUCGUCGGCGGACACUUCCGCCAGAGACGUUCAUGCAGAUACAUGACUCGCCACUCAAUCAAUCUCGAAACUUCGAUUUGAGCCGAUCAUAUGCUUCAGCUCAUGAAAGUGAUCGUUUGCGCCUUCAGGCCUAUCAACCACAUCGGUCAUCUUUUUAUAGUCUGCAACCUGCAUCAUCAUCGCCUCAAACGCCUCUUCGGUUGCGACGACCAUCCUUUGCAUCAGAAUGGUCUCCUCGCAUACAUGCCUCUAUGGUUGGCUCAUAUGAAGAGUCCAUUUUGCGUGGGAGAAUGUCCACGACUCCAUCACAGCCUCUGGAUUUUACAGCACAGAUUGGCGUUCUGGGCAAGGGGAAAUGUAAAUCCAGCUUGAGAUGCCCGCCACAUAUCACUGUGCCUUUUCCCGCUGUUUUCUAUAGCUAUCCUACAUCCGGACACGGUCGUUCCAUUUCCGACGACAGUCCUAGUCCCUACGUUGGGUUGAUUGAUCUCCAAAAUGCUCUACCUCGCGAUAAUUCGAGCGAGAAGAAGCGAUCUCGUGUUCAAAAGACACCCGCUUACGAUAAUAGCAGUUCAAGCACCCCCAUACCCAGUCCGGACUGCAACGAGCGCCAAAAACGUGAGAAGCGAUCGAAUCGCUCUGAUACUGCGAAAGUGCCUCCAGGGGGCUCUUAUCGUAUCCCUCAACGCGGUCAGCUGCAAAUCAUUAUCAAAAAUCCCAACAAAACGGCCGUCAAACUGUUCUUGGUGCCUUAUGAUCUCAACGAUAUGGACCCUGGCACGAAGACAUUCAUUAGACAACGCAGCUAUUCUGCAGGCCCCAUAAUAGAUAUGCCCUUGACGGCACGAAAGAACCUAGGAACUGACCGUCCCGAAGCUUCUCUCAAUCCGACAAGCGAUCCGAAAGAUAAGCCUACUCUACGAUAUCUUAUUCACUUGAACAUUUGCUCCCCGAGCAAGGGCCGGUUCUACCUCCAUUCGACCAUACGUGUCGUUUUCGCCAACAGAGUUCCUGACGGGAAAGAGAAACUGCGGAAUGAAAUCCAGCAUCCAGAUCCUCGUUAUAGCCCUUACAAGCCGGUGAAGGACUCCAGUAACUCUGGUCACAAUUCUGCUAUUGACAAGAGCCAUCGGAGACGUAGCGCCGGGGUUAAAUUUUCUGGGAAUCAGUUCUUCGAUGAUAAGUUUUAUCCUGAUUCGUCAUCUACUUCUUCGAAUCUCAAUCAAUUACAACCCGUGCCAUUCAAACUCAACAUUCCUCCACCGCAGGGAUCAUCAAUCGAAGACGCCGAUCCGUCCUUAUUUUCAAACGACGAUAGCUGGCAAACAGGAAACUCUCCCACCACACAUCCAAUUUCCGAUAAGAUGUCGCUAGAUUCCCCACCACCGCUCAAAUCUGCAGACUCUGGUGACAUCGACAAUAACACGGAAAUGAGCAAUGAUAGCGACUACUACGGCAGGUUCCACCAACUCGCUACCUCUCCGAAUGGGUAUUCCAGUGUCGGCGAGAGUCUUUUGGCUCAGAGACUGAGGGAGUGGAGUUGCAGUAGCGAACAGAACUACACGGAUUUGCAGGAAUAA